GGUCCCUUCAGAAGAGACCAGGGUAGCCGCACGGGCGACUGCUCGUGUACGGGACAGCGUAGUCGUCCCACCGUAGGAAACAACAGCACGCCAAAGAGCGACAUCCCUUCAGCUGCUCGUCGCACCACACGGAAUACGCGCGCCCAACAUGAUCGCCCCAGGCCCUGACCUCCCAAGAUGGUGGUCGUGACCAGCGGCCGUACCCGGAGACGCCGCCCGCCUGGAGAGACAGCAUGGCUAAAGAAGCGCGCUGCUCGGGGCUUGCCUCGACGGACUUGCUGGUGGCGGCACUGCUCGUGCUGCAGAGCUGCGGCACGCCCGGCGCGCGGGCCCAGCUGGCCGAGUUACCGGCGCUCGGCUGCCGCUACCAGCAAGACCAGCAGACCCUCCUCUGCAGCAACACCACGCUGGACAAGAUGCUCACCUCCGUGCGCAUUUUUGGUUCCUUCCUGAACAUCAGCGUCAAGCCCCGCAGCGUGGAGAUACGAGACAGCUACGUACCCCAGCUGCCUUUCUUCCUCUCCCAGUUCAACGAGACCCUGGAGGCCUUCCGCCUCGUCCGUAGCCGCACGGAGCACGUCUACCCCGACGCGUUUGCGAAUCUCGACAUCAAGCUGAACACGCUAGACCUCUCGGAAAACUCCCUCUACUCAGUUCCCUACGCCGUGGGAACGCUGGCGAGUGUGCGGGUACUCAACCUGUCCAGGAACUCCAUUCCGAUCCUCCGGCCGAGCCCGGUGUUCGCCAAGCUGCAGCAACUCAGGGUGCUGGACCUCUCAAGAAACCUGCUGGGUGUCGACCUUCAGGAUGUGAGCGACCCCAAGGCCGUCAGGGGCAGCCCAAGCUUGCAAACGAGGCUCGCUCGGAACCUCACGCUGCACGAGUUCAACAUCGAGGCGGUGGCCGACAGUCUGGAGGCAUUGCUCCUGGCCGGCAAUCGGUUGGCCGUCGUGCCGAUGCAGCUGUACAAGCGCGCUUUCCCGCGUCUCCAAGUGCUCGACCUCAGCGAGAACUUCCUCACGACGCUGCCAGAAUUCGCCGCCGUGCUCAUGCCCAGGCUGAGGAACUUCACGGCCAAGAGAAACCAGCUCGAGUCGGUGCCCUUCUACAGCAUCCCUGUGGUUCAGGAGCACGCAGAUCUCACAGGCAACCCCAUCCGGUGCGACUGCCAGGCCCUGUGGCUACACGAGUGGAACGGCCAGCCAGGGCCGGGCCCGCCGAGCUCCAGCACGAGGGCAAACUCCAUCCCAAACUCGAGCGCGGCUCCUCCGGGAGCCGAGGGCGCCGGCUCGGUCCGCCUGCCGCCCUGCGCGAGUCCCGAGGGCUUUCGGGGCCGCUCGCUGUCUUCCAUCACGCCGGAGGCCCUCUGCUGGCACGGCAACCAGACGCGGGCCUUCCGCUACGUGCUCAAGGGCUUCGAGAAGCACGCCUUGCUGGCGCUGACGAGCCUAGACGCCAGCAUCACCGUCACCUGGAGCGUCUCCGAUCCAGGUCUCCGCUGGACCGUGUUGUACCGCAAGGAAAGCACCAGCCCGUACCUGAUGACCGCACACCCCCGGGGCGGUGAAGGGACGCACACAUCAAGCGACGAAGCCGUCUUCACCGACGUCAUCGGCGGCUUGGAACCGGACACCGCGUAUGUGGUGUGUGUGGGGGUCCACCAGGCGCCUCCCCUGGUGCCUUACCUCAUGAACCCCAAAAAGUGCCAGAAAGGGCGCACGAAGAAGAAGCCCCAGCCUGCCUCCCAGGUAACCACCUCCGUCGUGACGGUCAACCUGCAGGUCACAUCUCCGCUGCCCUACCAGAAGAAGGCACGAACCAUCCUGCUCUCCAUCAAGCCAUCCAGCAAAUCCCUGACUCUACGCUGGAAAGUGGCCGCCCUCCAAAAGUCGCCGAAACGCUCCGUACUGGCUAAGGUAACCGAAGAACAAGUCUUGCCGAGGGAGUGGGUCAUCCUAGUCAGGAAGUUCGCGACCCAGAACUUCACGGAAAUCCGCAUCUCUGAUGGUGGCGGCGAGAGCAAGUCUAACAGUACAUACAGCUACACAGUGCCGAACCUCGACGCGUCCACAGCGUACGAUUUGUGCUUGAUCGCAAUGGAUUCGGUACUGGAAGACAGCUUGGACACGGUGCCCGGCUACAUAAAACAUGUGCCAAACCACUUGGUUUCGGCCUCAAAAAUGGACUCCAACCAGACAACUAUGAUUUGCAAAGAAAUGCUUACCAAGCCCGCGGACGAGCCGAUUCCAAUCAAGACCAUAGCCGUUGUAACAACCGUUUCCACGACAACCACGGCCGUAGUUGUAGCCCUUAUCUGUUGCUGCUUUCCCAAGAAAACCUUCCGGAGCUGUUUUCGCAAGGUGAAAACAAAGUUGAAGCCAACGGACGCUGUCAAACGAAAUGCUUCAGAAAAGGACAAUUCUUACCACAGCAGCGACAACUCCGUCAAGUUGCUCGUUCCCACGAUCAACUCAGCUUACGAAGACACUGAGCCCAUAGUCAUGCCACGAUGCCAGACUUCCAGAAACACCAACAGAUCACGCUGCAGAAGUCUACCAGAGGCCCCCAAAACUCCGCCACUACCUCCAGAGCCACCGUCGCCGUCACCACCACCGCCACCGCCGCUACCGCCACCACCACCGCCAGUGGCGCCACCGUCGCCGCCACCUCCCCCAACGUCUACCGACAGGGCUCCCAACUUGCUAUAUUCUCCGUGGGAAGAUUUGACACUGGGUCGGAAACCACCCCGCAGGGUCAAGUCCGAGCACUUCGCAAACUCCAUGGCUUACCUACAGCCCAGACGCGUAUCGCCUGCCGAUUCCAGCAGCGCGUCCAUAACCAAGAGCCAGACUGGAAGCAGUGGCGAGGGCGCCUACUUAUCGCCCAAGGCGGCAUUCGCUCUCGGGCAGGGUUACCUCAACGCAAACUGUAUCCAGUACCUGGACGGUAAGAAAGUCCAGGUGUACUCGCACGGAUCCAAGACCCUGCCCAAGAGCUGCUUAAGGUCUUCGUCACGCAAGCGGCGCGCCAAAGCCAACAACUUCUUCCAGACCAGAUACAGUCCGUCGGUGAAGAAGAAGGAGAGAGACAAGACACCACCGCCGACGCCACGGUCGUCAACGACGCCUCGGCGAGGCACCAUAGGCAGGUCUAGCCAAAGACUAAGCUUCAGGACGUUCGGCAAGGGACGUCACGAAGACGGUACGGGUAAGACGGUGAAGAGCUUGCCACCGCUGCCGCCACCCCCGCGUCCGAAAUCGGAAAACAGUGGAAUCGGCGCCAGCACGAGUGCCAGGGGUUCGAGCAGACCCGAAACAGCCAGCGACUGUGAGGUGUUCAUCGAACACGUCUAGGCAACUUCAUAUGCGCGCUUUCUGCGUUGCCCGGGGACGAUGUGACAUUCCGCCCGCGAGCCCCGGCUUUGAAAAGCAGAGACAGCGGGGCAAACUGACUGAACGUCGACUAACAGUAGCACUUUGUACCGUACCUUCUGAUAAAUGGAGGAAGAAGCCAACCCGUAACAGUUCAAUGCAACGCUAUGCGCAUUCGUGAAAACUUCAGCACAGAGAUUCACCGCGGACAGUGCAUACGCCUCUACAGUUGUGUUCCCCGUCCGUUUAACAAGACUCCCUCCCAAGCUUUUUUUUUUUUUCCUUAUGUUACGUACGGCCCCACCCCCCAUCGUAUUAGGCAUUGGACAAAGGAGCUGAUGUAGUGUAAUACGACUCUCCUUCAAAGUGCAUGGUCGGUUGGACGCUUUCAAGAACAGCCGCCGAAAGAAAAGUGCGGAAAGAUAGCGCGAGACAACCUCCCACGGAUAGUGCUCGAACUGGCACGACUGCCCUCCUUUAUUGUUUUUUUUUUUCGUGCCAGAAACGCGCUGGGCCACUGCGUUCGGCAAAAAUAAAACGUGUGUUUCAGUG